AUGGCAGGGGUUUUGGAUGCUUUGGCAUCCUAUGUUCAGAAUAUGCUUACGGAGAUGACAGGGGAUGAGGUGCAUAUGCUGCUCAGGGUAUCCGGAGAGAUCGAAAAAAUGGACAUCAGGCUCAAGGACCUCAAGAACUUCCUCGUGGAUGCUGAUAGGAGGAGCAUCACCGACCAGAGUGUGCAAGCAUGGGUACUGGAGCUUAGAGAGGCCAUGUAUGAUGCCACCAACAUCCUCGACAUCUGUCUGCCCAAGGCCAUGGAGCGGGCUCCAAGCCAGGAUACAGGGUGCUUCAACCCCCUGCUGUUCUGCAUGCGCAAUCCUCUUCACGCCCACAAGAUUCGUAGCCACAUCAAGAACAUUAACCAGAGGUUAGAAGAUAUCAAGAAACGUAGCUUGGACUUCAACUUCAUCAACCUCAAUUCAUAUGAGGACCAUAGCAAGAGGGUGGUAUCCUCUCAUCCUAGUAGCCAUGAGACAUCUGGUGAGCAUGAUGAGUCAAGUUUGGUCGGUGAGAAUAUUGAGGAGGACACAAGAAAUUUGGUGCAGAUGUUGACAACAGCGAAUCUAUCAAAAUGUGAGAACAACAGAAUUCUGGUUUUCGCUGUUGUGGGAGUUGGAGGGAUUGGUAAAACAACCUUGGCCAAGAAGAUCUUCAAUCACGACAUCAUCCAACAAGAAUUUGCAAAGAAAAUAUGGUUGAGCGUGAACCAGGAUGUCAAUGAGACUGAGCUUCUUUGA